UUGUCGAAUGUAAUGUAGUAGGAGAGUGCUUUCUUCAUGAAUGACGGUGAAGGUCUUCGUAUAUAAGCAACAAAUCUGAUCUACUAUUGUCAGUACGGCUCUUCUUUAAGAUUAUAAAUUACUUUAUAUAAACAUAGUGAAAUGACGUUGACUAUUUUUUUAGUAUUGACGGUCGCGGCCGUGGUAAAGGCCUCUCACUUUGAAUUUGACAGUCACGCUCUUGAUCAGUUACAUAUUCACCCAAAGCUCAUCUCGCAGUCAGUUCAAUUAAAAGAAGUGCCAACAAAAAUUAUCAAAAUCACCAAAACGAUUGCAAUCAGAGUUCCUGUUCCUUACCCUGUUCAGAUUCCUCAUCAUAUUCCAGUUCCAGUUCCAGUGGCAAAACCUGUUGCAGUUCCAGUUCCUCAAAUAGUAAAAAUUCCUCAUCAUGUUCCGGUUGAAGUUCAAAAACCUUAUCCAGUUGAAGUACAUCAACAAGUGCCUUUACUUGUCUCGAAACCAAUAGCAAUUCCUCAUCCAGUUCCGGUUCCGCACCCUGUAACUAUUAAUAAACCCGUCUAUUAUCCUGUCCCUCAUCCAGUGCCUUAUCAUCAUCAAUCUGGCGAAUUAUCUCACAAUGAUUAUAGUGACAGUAAUGGAGGAGCUAAUCACAACUACUUAUCAAGAUCUUUUCAUCGUGAUCAUCUGAAAGAUUCAGCCAACGAGGGAGAUGAAUCUAAUGCGCAAACAUUUCAAGUUUCGCAAUCUGAUUUAGAGCAGGAAAAAAAUUAUGGUACUGAACGGGAAUUUUCAUCGGGAAGCCAAAAUUAUAAUCAAACGCCACAAGAUUUUUCUAAAGUAUCGAAAUCUGGUAAUUCUGCUUCUGAACAAGAUUAUUCGUCAUCGAGUCAAAAUUAUAAUGGCAAAAAUUAUAGUGAACAAUAUUAGGUAAUGAAUUAUUUUGUUUAGGUUUCUUUUUAAUUCUUUUUUAGAAAAAAAGGGAAUAGAGUAAUUUUUAGUACUUUUGUGGUAAAAAACGGGGAUCGCAAUUUGACUUCUUUUUAAAACUAAUUCUCUUUUUUAAAACUUUUUUCCCUUUUUUUGUCCCCUUGCAUUAAAAUCCUCCUAAAAACACCUUUUGCAAACUUUGUUUGAAGUAAAUUUUACAAAUUUUUACAGAUAUUUACUUCGGAUAUUUUAAAAUAAAAGCUGACAUCUAACAAAAAUUUUGAUUUAAAACUUAGAAAAAUUGCAGACUAGGGAAAAAGUUAAA